AUGUACAAUCAGCCUUGUAAUAUACCAGCUUUUCUAAACAAACUGACGUCGCUUGUUGAUGACCCCAAUACGGAUGAUCUUAUAUACUGGGACUCUAGCGGUAGAAGCUUUCAUAUUCGCGAUGGAAAUCGACUGGCGAAGGAUGUUUUGCCAAUGCUCUUCAAACACAAUAAUUUGUCCAGUUUUAUAAGGCAACUGAAUAUGUAUGGGUUCAAAAAAGUUAAUCGAGCGGAUUCCGUCAGUGGGUUUGCUUCCGAUGCUGAAGAUAUGGAAUUCAGCCAUCCAUAUUUUCAGCGGAAUAAUGUCAACUUACUGAGCAAAAUUCGCAGAAAGCCUCCUAGUUACAACUUUGCGGCGAACUUUUUGAAUAGUAACCUCCCCUUCAAUUCACCUGUUAAUAUCAACUCUGUCUGCGAUCAAAUUGCUGCCAAUGGUGGUAACAGGCUUGUUCUUGGGAGCGAAUUUAACCGCCUCUCUGAAGCCGUCCGUCAAAUGAGAUCCCGACAGGAGUCUACCACUCAACAAAUGCACUUAUUGCGCGCAGAAAAUCAGUUUAUGUAUCGGCAGAUUUCUCAGCUGCGAAAUCAGCUUGAACAACAAGGGCAACUCAUUCAAACGUUGUUCAAUUUCCUCUCUGCUAUUGCCUCAGAUCGGCGGAACUCCGGGAUAAGGAUAGGUUCAGGCAAACGUAAACUUGCCCUGACGGGGGCACCCGCAGUUGAUGGGAUCCCGGCUUGUGUGGAAUAUAAUCUGGAUCCCACGACGCUACCAGAAAAAGCUCGUCUUGUACCUUCAAAUUCCCAAAUUAGACGGGUACUCUUCUCCCAGCCACAAACGACAAUGUCCGCGGCAUCCGGUACCUCUGAGGCAAUAUCGCGUUGUAACCCGUCACGCGUAGAAGUCUUAACUGUUCCUUCAAAUACCACCGUUCUUUCCCAAUCCGCACCCAUUUUAGCUAUUCAGGACGUGACGCCCGCCCGUAAGCGUUCACGGGCUAGCUCUGUCAACCAGCGACUCUUAUCCGAGGCCGAUUUUACGUGUAACCCACCAGAUGGCAUACCUUUUACACCUGAUCUGCUCGAUACUCUGGCCUCUGAGUCGUCCAAUGAUGUAACCGAAGAGAUCAUUACAUCUAAGCCAUUUGAAGAGGAAAUACAAUGUUUUGAUGAGGGAUUUGUACAGUCCGGCAAACUAUCUCCUUUCGACUGUCAUUUGUCUGACAUCGAGCCCAGCAUUUCAUCCCCUGUUGUUGACCUAUCCAGCACCUUUAUCCAGGAUGAUGAUCAGCCUGCACCUGAGAUGGAAUCCAAAACUGGUUCUGGUGGCAAAUUACCCAUCGAGCGCCGAAGGAAACCGCGGUCUGCUGCUGGUUCUAGAAGGAGGCCUCUCGUUCGUCGCUUCACAGUCCCAGCUCCUGACAAAAACCCCUCGCGUUUAUCGGAAUCUCCCAUGUUGGCGAAUGUUAAUAGAGAAGAGAACACUUCACCGUACGUUCCUGAUGGAGAGGAUCUGCUGUCUUCCAAUAGUCCUGUUCAAAAGGGUUUCAAAAUCGCUGCAUUAACAGAUGUCGAAGAGAAUUUCCCCUGGGAUAGUGAAACAGACCAACCAGUGGAUGGGUCUCUGAUAAAUGACAUCGUAUCCAUGGAUCAGCAAGAGGAGAGUGGCCGCGGAGUUUCUGGAGCUGGCGAUAGAAGCAUGGAUGACGUCGUUGCAAAUUUCAUGUUGUCACCAUCGCUGGGACAGACUGAUCAGAACGACCUUUUUGAAAAUUUUUUUGCUGUCUCGCCUCUCAAAUCUCUUACUCCCUCUUUGGCCUCCCCCGACCGUGAUAUCAACGAUAUUGUUACCCAAUGUGAGGAAUUCGUGCCUACUGGCACUAUUCACGUGUUCGAGGUCAAGGCAACCGUAGUCCAAGGUCGUGGGAAGGUCGACCAAAGUCAGUACAAUAACAGGUCUUUUGGGGUCGUAGGGCCUGCCUUGAUUAGUCUUGCAGCUGGACACGAGCUAAUGCCCUCGCAGCUAAUAACCAAUAUUACCUCAUUUCCAAAAAUUUCAAGACUUACACGAUCAAAUGGAAUUCGGUUUAGAAGAUUGAGUACUGGUGCGGGCGCGAGCGUUACUGGCAAUUCUGACGGAAGUAGGAGCACAAGUGAAUCAACGGCUCGAUUAUCCUUUUACGCUGAUACCGUGAUUGGUGAAGAAGUAUUGGAUCAAAAGUAUGAGGGUCUCGAAUAUGACACACCAGAGGUACCCGCUUUGAAAAAGGAGAUGGCGACUCUAGCACAUCAGGGCAACUGGAGAAUUAUACUACUGCGUUUUGCAUUAUUAUUUGCUAUAGGAUGCACUACCGGAGCGACUGCUAGUGUAAUUGAUUUUCUAACGACAACUAUCUGUUCUAUCAAAUUUGCUAUUAUUCAAUAUCUAUUCGGUGAGCAUUACGCUUCUUGGACUCUACUUAUACCGGCGUUUGUUUGGGUCUUAAUCAACUGUCUAUUCAUCCUCGUGGCUGUAGUUAUGACCGUGUUUGUUGCACCAGUUGCCGCUGGAAGUGGUAUCCCACAGAUUAAAUGCUAUCUGAACGGCCUUAACGUUCCCUUCAUCCUACGUGCGCGUACAAUGAUAGCUAAAGCCGUUGGUGUCAUUUUGACGGUUUGUGGUGGCCUUUUAGUCGGUAAGGAGGGACCUAUGGUACACAUCGGAUCUGUGGUUGCUGCUGGUUUCUCACAGGGUCGCAUCACAUGUUUUGGCCUCUCGCUUCGGAGCUUUCGCUGUUUUCGCAAUGAUGCAGAGAAACGCGACUUUGUCAGCGCUGGAGCGGCUGCUGGGGUUGCAGCGGCUUUCGGUGCACCUGUUGGUGGUCUACUUUUUACUCUAGAAGAGGGCGCCAGCUUCAUCUUCCAACGAUUGACCUGGAACACGCUUUUUGCGUCCAUGGUUUCGAUGUUCACGCUGGCGUUGUUUCGAAGCAUUAUCGACGGUCAGCCAUUUAAGUUCACUCCUGGAGGUCUUGUCAGCUUCGGCAUGUUUGAGAAUGUCACCUCCUACAAUGCUUACGAAUUAAUGGCAUUUGUUUUGAUGGGCAUCAUUGGAGGCCUACUUGGUGCACUUUUUGUGGCCUUCAACAGGGUUCUCUCGAAAUAUAGACAGUCCUAUUUGAAAACACGAUCAGCUAAAAUUACUGACGCUGUAUUAAUCAGUUUUUUCACAACCGUUUUGAGUUUCGCUAUCCUCGUUCUCAGGUCGGAUUGCCGUUCACUGUUCCAGAAAGACACAGAUGAAUUUCGCCAAGUAGUGUGUCCAAAUGGUGAAUACAACCGUGUUGGUGCUCUUCUCUUUACCACACCGGCUAGAGCUUUGAAUGCCCUAUUUCACGACCCACCUCGGUCCUUCAACGAUGAUACACUUUUCAUCUUUGCCCCGUACACCUUUUUUAUCGCUUGUAUCACUUAUGGUUUAAGUGUCCCCUGUGGUCUCUUCAUUCCAUCCCUUCUUCUCGGGGCUGCAUGGGGGCGUGUCACAGGUGAAUUACUUUAUGGCUUUUCACCACAAAACUUUCCCGACCCGAGCAAAUUCGCGCUAAUCGGGGCAGCCGCUCAACUAGGUGGCAUUGUGCGCAUGAUCGCUAGUCUCACGGUUGUUCUUAUGGAGGCCACGGGGAACGUUAUUCUCGGUUUACCCGUCCUCAUUACUCUCAUUCCUGCCAAAUACAUUGGUGAUUAUUUUACUGAGGGGAUCUACGAUAUGCAUAUCAAUCUUAGUGGAAUGGCACUUGUGCCAUGGGAGGCUAACACUCGGUGCGUUCAGCUGCGUGCUCUGGAUGUUAUGACCUCGCCAGUGGUGGUUCUCGAUACCGUGAUGCCGGUUCGGGAGAUGUAUCAGUUGGUCUUCGAUAAUCCUCAUCACGCAUUCCCUGUGGUCGAAGGCUACCGAGAUCCUGAUCAUUUCAAUUACGGACGACUCGUCGGCAUGAUAUCUGCUCAACAUAUCGCUCUCAUGAUCAAAAAGAAGGUAUACAACCCUUUGGAUGGGCAGGAUACACCAAGGCUGACAGCAAAUGACUUCGACGAUGCCUAUCCACGUUUUUACAAACUGAAGAACGUUUUGUUGAAUGUUUCGGACGACGAGUUUGAACGUUCUCUCGACUUCCGACCCUACAUGAACCACGCGCCUUAUAGCGUAUCUGUAGACAUGUCCAUGACUCGAGUGUUCGCCUUAUUCCGCCGUUUGGGCUUACGACAUUUGCCCGUUGUUGACAAUUUCAAUCAGGUCCGGGGGAUGAUCACGCGCAAAGACCUUUGCCGAUUUCGUUUCGCACCAGCUGGUAAAGUAGCCGAACGACUAUUUUCCCGCAUUUACUAG